AUUGUUUUCAGUAAGUUACACCUCUUCGAGACAUAAUCUGGUAAUCACGAACUAUAAGAAGUUUUGGCAGUUCUCGCAGAAGCCUUGUGUCAGAAGUGUGUCUCCUUGCGUACGUCCUAGUAAUCAAGGCGUCUCGCGCUGAAUGCCCUGCCUACACUGACCUAGUUUAAUUAAUCGAGGUACCGCCUGCUCUACCAACCGAACCCUACGUAAUCCUUCAAGCUGCGCGCCCCUCUUCCGAGUCCCCCGCAACUAGAGAAGAUAUCCUCUGGUCUUCACCUACAAACCCGCGCUCACUGAACAUAUAAGGAACGACCCCGACACAAGUGAAAAUGGCGGAUGUGGAAAUGAAAGAGGCGACCACUUCUGGCGCCUCUAAGGCGAAGGAGAUGUCCAAGGCCACAGAUACCUCCACUGAUGGCAAGAAAAAGUUCGAGGUCAAGAAGUGGAACGCGGUGGCCCUGUGGGCUUGGGACAUUGUUGUCGACAACUGUGCGAUUUGCCGCAACCAUAUCAUGGAUUUAUGCAUCGAAUGCCAGGCAAAUCAAGGUUCGUCUACGACGGAAGAGUGUACAGUAGCUUGGGGCAUCUGUAAUCACGCCUUCCACUUCCACUGUAUCUCACGAUGGCUGAAAACUCGCCAAGUCUGUCCCUUAGACAACAGAGACUGGGAGUUUCAAAAGUAUGGUCGGUAGACUAUGUCUGCUGCGAUUGGGUCUAGACAGCAGGCUGGCCAUGGCCUCACUCGUACAUUUCCUAACUGAGUAUGAUCGGAUUGGGAGGGAUUGGGUGGCGUUGAGCGGGUUUCUUUUGCAUUCCUAGCAGUGACUUUUGAAUUAUUCAUACAGAUCUGGGCUGUUCCUGAGGGAUGCGAAGAGCCGUGAUCGAAUAAGGCUCAGAAUGAAUUGUAAAGUCCACAGCUAAAUCUCAUGCAACCUUU